AACGGCAGUGUCAUAGGGCAGUGUCAAGAGUCAAAGAAACCAAGAAGUAUAGAAAAAGUCAACAAAAAGAAAUUUUAAUUUUGUUUUUGAAUGUUUGAAAAUAGUGAAAACAUUUUAAAAUUAUAAUUUAUGUUUUUUCGUUUUUUGUGAUUUAGUAAAAUUUUGGGUAUUACCAAAUUUUGUUUUAAUAAAAUAAGUUAAGUCGAUAUUAGGAUUGUUAGGGACAGUAUAUAAUGGACAUACAUUACAACUAUUGAAAACAUUAGUACAAAAUAAGGUAUUUUGUAGAAUAAAAAUCGUAUUAAACUAGAAUUAUGAGUUUCUCAAAUCAAUCUCUGUCUGUACAAAAUGAGAGUAAUACAGAUACAACUGUUACUUCGGUAGUUGAUGAGAGUUCUAGCCCUAGAGAUCUAAGUAUCCAAUAUCUAUGUGGAUACUGUAAUGGCUUUUAUGAACAUGAAGCUCAAUUUGAAAAGCACAUACAAUUGUGUAUGAUUAUCAAUGAUAGCCAUGGGUUAAUUAAUAAGAACCAAUCCUUAAAAAAGCGUAAGCUCACUGAAACUGAAAGGCAACCUCUGUCCUCUGAUAUAAGUGUUGAGAAUGAAUACGAAAUAACUAGUGAAAUAAUUAAUGAGAAUGAGAUACUUAUUACAUUACAUUCUAAUAAGAACAAAAAACCAUCCAUAUGUACCAGUUCAGAUGUGAGUAUUUUGAGGACAUUUUCAAAAAUAGAUAGUACACAAUCAGUAGAUGCAGAAAAGGAAAGUAGUGUUAGUGAGCCCCAUAAAUUGGUAAAAAAGUUAGAUAACAAACAAGAAAAAAUAAAUAAAGUAAGAAAUUGUAUAAAUGAUAUAAGCGAAAACACGGAUACGUCAAAAUUACCAAAAUUAUAUGAAGUAAUACCGAAAAUCUUCAAAAAGAAACAGGAGCCCCAAGAUGUGUACGAUUUUUUUGACGAAGAAGAGGAAAAAAUUAAGGAAAAAGAAUUAAAAGAGAGAGAACAAGCUAUAGAAUUAAAAAAAAGAACUUGCUGCUAUUGCAAAGAAGUAUUUCCUGAUCCUAUAGAUGUUCUUCGUCACAAAAGGGAAUUACAUCAAUUCCCUAAAACGUUUUUAUCAAAAGAGGAAUUAGCUCCUUAUAUGGAGUACGAAAAUAUAUCUGAAUGCCCUAUAUGUUUUAAAACUAUGCAAAGAAUUGAGUGUAAGUCUAUCUAUUUGAAACAUUUAUUAACCCAUUCCAAAGAUUACAACAAUGAAUGCAAAAUUUGUGGGAAAACAUUUAGAAGGAUGGAUCAUUGCCAAACACAUGAAAAGAAGCAUAUUGUAAAAUUAGACUGACUAUUAUUUCUAUUUUGUAAAAUGACUUAUUUAAACAGCCUAUUAAAUGUAUGUGGUUUGAUUAUAAUCUAAUAAUAAAAUUAGCCCAAAAAUUGUUAAAA